AUGAGCUCCCCCGCCCCAAAUCCCGACGACACAGCCGAAGAGCUCACCGAGCUCUUCGCCCCGUCUGCCCCCGAUGGCCUCGCGGCAGAUAUCCUGGCGGAGCUACAAUCCAUCAUGCGCGUGCACUCGAUCACCGCCCAGGAACUGUUCUACCGAUGGGAGUCGUACUGUGUGCGGAUGGGGUCGGAGGAGACGAAACUGGAUCUGGACACGGUGCGGCUUUUCAAGCGGGAUGUGCAGGAGAAUCUGGAGCGCCAGGCUCGGGGAAGAACGGGGGGGAGGCAGAGUGAGAAGAGGGGCGGUGUUGCGGCUACGCCUCGUGCAGGGGGGAAUUUUGAUGUGUUUGGGAUGUUGGAUGGGUUGGCUCCCGCGCGAACGCCAAAUGGUGCCAAUGUCAAUGGCAAUGGCAAUGGCAAUGGCUCUGGCUCUGGCUCUGCGAAGAGGAAAUCGGAUUUUGCUUCGCCGUCUUUUUCCAAGGUUGGGAAGGCGGAGAAAAGUGAUUCUCCGUUGGGAUUGAAGACAACGGGGAUUUCGACGAACGGUGCCGGUUCCGUGGAGGGAAUACAGUAUGUGUCCUUGCUUCCCUCUGUUGAGAGAAGCUUAUCGGUUCCCUUCUCAGAGCGUCUGAAUCCAGGCCAGGCCAUCGAGCGCCUCAAUGACCAUUUACCGACUCCUGAUACUCCCAUGGCGCCCUUUCCGGAAGCCCGCGUGCGGCCGACGGCUAAUACGGAUUUGAAAAAGUUCGGGUACAAACCUCUGGCCAUGCGACAGUCGGAGGCGUCUGAGAUUCUGGAUGAUCGGAUUGACGAGUUUCUCGCAUUGUUUGAGAAGAAGCUUGAGAAGGAGGAUAUUGUUUUCGGCAGCGCUGCUACGCAGAGCACCAGUGAGAUUGUUGCGGUAGGACGUAUUGCCUCGGACAGUUUGGAGGGAAAGCUGAAUCCGGCAUCGCUCGUGCUUGAAACAUCCCGACGAACUGGAGCUGGUGUACGCGUGCCAUUAAACGUGGACUCGAUUCCGUCGGCCAACUUUUUCCCGGGACAAAUCGUGGCAUUGUUAGGGAUCAAUGCUUCUGGGAACUACUUCUCGGUAAAAGAAGUACUCACGCCACCUCUUCUGCCACCUCCUGUUUCUCCCGUGCAUACAAUCGAAGAAAUCAACCACCGAUUAGAGGAGUCUGGCUCGUCCCCGUUGAACGUGUUAGUGGCUUGCGGGCCUUACACAGCGGAUGAUAACCUGGAGUUCGGACCCCUCAAUGAAAUUUGCCGAAAGGCGGCUGAGAGCUACGCAGAUAGCGUGAUACUUGUCGGGCCAUUCCUAGAUAUCGAGCACCCUCUUGUGGCGUCUGGCGAUUUCGAUCUUCCAGAAACAUCUGGCUUCGAUCCUGAUACAGCUACAUUGACACAUGUCUUCCGACACUGUAUCUCGGCGCCUUUGCAGAAGCUUGCUGCCGCAGUCCCCAGCAUCACGAUUGUUCUGGUCCCAUCCGUCCGAGAUGCCGUGAGCAAACACGUCUCAUGGCCCCAAGAACAGAUCCCCAAGAAGGAGCUUGGGUUGCCGAAGCAGGUUCGAAUGGUAUCUAACCCGAUGACUUUGGCCUUGAACGAGACAGUCUUCGGGAUGUGCUCACACGAUGUGCUAUACGAGCUCCGAAAGGAGGAGGCGCUGCACGGCAGACCCAAGGAAGCUAACCUGCUCACACGCUUACCGAAGUACCUCAUUGAACAGCGACAUUUCCUGCCCAUAUUCCCGCCCUCGGCUCGAGACACGCUCCCCAAACCUGGAAUCAAAGACGCGCUUGCGACAGGCGCUGCACUAGACCUGAGCUACUCAAAACUAGGCGAAUGGUGGAAUGUACUCCCGGAUGUGUUGAUCGUCCCCAGUCUGCUACCGCCGUUUAUCAAAGUGAUUGACAGUGUUCUCACAAUCAACCCGGGCACAAUCUCAAAACGCCGUUCAGCAGGAACGUACGCCCAGAUCGCGAUCCACCCACGCGUCAUCAGCGAAGAGGAGCGCGGAAAGAAACACAUCCGACAUAACCUAUACGAGCGGGCCCGGGUAGACAUUCUUCGGAUCUAG